AUGCCUUUUGGGCUACGCAACUCCGCCCAAACUUUUCAACGUUUCAUUAACGAAGCCCUCCGCGAUCUACCGUUCGUUUUUGUCUACGUCGACGAUGUUCUGGUAGCAAGUUCCAGUGAACACGAGCACCUACAACAUUUGCGUCUCAUUUUUGAACGAUUGAGCCAAUUUGGCGUUCUCAUUAAUGUUUCUAAAUGCGUUUUUGGCGCACAGUCGCUGUUUUUCCUAGGACAUCGCGUAGAUGCUUCUGGUUGUCAUCCCAUAGAUACCAAAGUUUCAGCUAUUCGCGAUUUCCCUACUCCCACUUCUUUUCAACAACUGCGCCGUUUUAUAGGCCUUGUCAAUUUCUAUCGACGUUUCAUCUCUCAUUGUGCUCAAUUAAUGCUACCACUUACUAACCUUUUACGCGGGAACAACCGUGAGUUUUCUUUUCCUGACACAGCUGUAGAGGCUUUCAAUCGUGCGAGGAAGGCUCUUGCGGAUACAACUGUCCUUGUUCACCCUAUACCUGAUGCCCCACUUUCCAUUGUGGCCGACGCCUCUAAUUUCGCUAUAGGUGCUGCCCUUCAGCAACAGACGCCCACUGGCACCCAGCCCUUGGCUUUCUACUCUGCCAAAUUGACAUCCCCACAAACUCGCUAUAGCACUUUUGGUAGAGAACUUCUUGCAAUUUAUUUAGCCAUUAAGCAUUUUCGUAAUUAUAUUGAGGGCCGAGAUUUUUGUAUUUAUACUGACCACAAGCCUCUUACUUAUGCCCUUUCUACUUCUUCUGACAAGUAUUCACCCCGCGAGGCCCGCCAUCUCGAUUUUAUUUCUCAGUAUACCACAGACAUUCGAUUUCUUAAAGGCCUUUAUAAUCAAGUUUCUGACUGUCUUUCUCGGCCUGGCAUUAAUGCCAUCACCCGCCCUUCCAUCGAUUUGGAGCGCAUGGCAGAACUGCAAAAUCAGCCGACUUUCAGUGACAGCCUUCAACACACUAGUCUCCAACUCGAAGCCAUUCCUCUUUCCACCACCCCAGGUACAAUCUUGUGUGACGUAUCGCGCGGUGCCUCCCGACCCGUUGUGCCAAACGAGAUGAGACGAGAUGUUUUUGCCGCGUUGCACAAUCUAGCUCACCCUGGCAUCCGCACUACCCAGCGCCUAGUUAGCGAGCGGUUCGUUUGGCCAAGCAUGAACACAGAUAUCCGCCAGCGGACCCGUUCAUGUUUGGCCUGUCAGAAGGCCAAAGUCGGACGGCACAACAAAGCCCCCAUUGGCACUUUUCUCGCACCCGACGCACGUUUUUCACAUGUUCAUAUCGAUCUGGUAGGUCCCUUUCCAACAUCUCGUGGUUGCAACUACUUACUUACUGCGAUUGACCGAUUUACUCGUUGGCCCAUUGCAACUCCCAUACAUAACAUAACUGCAGAUUCCGUUGCUCGUGCUUUUUUUGGAACACUGGAUCUCUCAUUAUGGCGUCCCCUCAACUAUUACCACCGAUCGAGGCCAACAAUUCGAGUCUAGACUUUUUAACAGCCUUACCAACCUCCUCGGAUGUUCUCGCAUACGCACGACAGCAUACCACCCCUCAUCCAACGGCUUAGUCGAGCGUUUCCACCGGCAACUCAAAGCCUCGCUCCGAGCUCAUGACAACCCUUCCCAUUGGAGCGAGCAUCUGCCUUUGGUCAUGCUCGGUAUCCGUACCGCACUUAAGCCCGAAUUGGAGUGUUCCGCUGCCGAACUUGUCUACGGUACCACCCUACGGAUUCCCGGGGAUUUUUUCGGGCACUCUCAAAGCUCAGGCGACUUGGAUCCCAGUGAUUAUGUGCAAAGAUUGCGCCAAGCCAUGACUCAUCUUCGAGCCACUCCUCCACGUCCUUCAACAAGUAAGUCGUACGUCGACCCGAACUUACUAACAUGUUCUUUUGUAUUUGUCCGCGUAGAUAGCGUUCGCCGGCCACUACAACAGCCCUAUGACGGCCCAUUUCGAGUACUAUCGCGCAAGGACAAGCACUUUACAAUUGACCGUGGAGGCCGCACCGACGUGGUCUCAAUCGAUCGCUUGAAGGCGGCUUAUACCGAGCCUCUUCCAACUUCUCCAACCGAACAACCCCCACUUGGCACAUUGCCACUUGCUAUUUCCCAGACUCCAUUUACGCCCAAUAAUCCCGCGUCUUCCCUUAUCCCACAGACUCCUCCCCUUACGCGCAGCGGUCGUCAUGUCCGUUUUCCCGACCGUUACCAACUUGUACAAUAUGCAUAA